AUGCACAAUUUGACCGGACAAUUUUCCCGCGGCGGUGUAACGAGAUGUGCUGCAGAGAAGAAGAGGCCCUCUAUACUCCACCGUGCUGUGCAUUUUCUAGGUCUGCACCCAUUGACGUGUCAAGUUGCACGGAGAGGUACGUCGGUCAUGGGGUCCGCGAAAGCUUCUCUGCUCCGUAUAGAGCCGCAUCUCACAGACUUUGCUGCCAAAAAGACCAACGCCGAAGCUUUCAAUAGGGUUACACGGCACUGUUGA